AUGGGUAAAGCCGGGUUCAAUAUCCACACUGGGCCGGUAGAGGCACCCUGUCUAUCUGAGUACAACUUCAACGUCGAUGUCUUAGGCAUCAUGUCAGCCAUAGGGAAAAUCAAAGAUGCCAGGUGGCCAAAACCUGUAUUAUCGGACCCUUCACAAAGGAACCCAAACUUGAUGUGUAGGUAUCACGGCACUCACAGUCAUAGGACCGAGGAUUGCAGGCAGCUUAGGGAGGAGGUAGCCCAUUUGUUCAAUGAAGGGCAUCUUUGUGAGUUCCUCUGUGACCGGGCUAAGAACCAUUUCCGUGAAAGCGAUGCAAAUAGGAAAAACAAACUAAAGGAACCACAUCACGUCAUCCAUAUGAUCGUCGGAGGGGAUGACGCCCUACGAGAACCCGUUUUCAAGCGAACAAAGAUAUCCACCAUCAGGGAAAGGCGAACUCGGAGUUACAUACCAGAGGAUACCCUCACGUUCAGCGAAGAGGACAAUGCGACCUUGUAUCAUCCUCAUAAUAACGCACUGUUAAUUUCUUUCUUUUGA